AUGGGCUGGGAUGGGCCAUUCCAGCCCAUUCCAUACUAUUCCAAACCAUUUUUGACAGAUUUAUAUACUAUCAAGAACCACGUACACCGGUUGAUGGCAACAAUGAUCAAAAAUGCCGCUGGAAAAGAGAACAAUAAUAUGACAAUGAAAACAACAGAGAAAAAACUUCCGGAUGAAACAAAUGAAACGACCGGUGAAAAGGAAGAAGAAUCAGAUGAUGAAGAGCAAGGAAAGUCAGAUGAAAAACAAUUAGAACAAUUUCUGAACCAGUUAAAUGAUUUAUUUAAUAAUGGAACAAUUAACAAUAAAUUUAAACAAUUAUUGACUGAUUCAUAUCGUGUUAGAAAACAAUUUAUCUCCAAUCAAAAUAUAUCAUUCAGAGAUAUAUUAGAAAAAAUGACGUUUACGAAAACAAUAGAUUUUAUAAAAGUCGAAUUUGAAAUAAGAACAAAAGAAGCUAUUACAAAAAUAACAAUGAAUUUAACACUAUUGAUCGAAAAAUUAAAAAGAAUGUAUCCAUCCAUUGAUAGUUCUGAAGUAAAUAUGAUGCCGGAAGAUUCAUCAAAAACAUUUGACGCGGUCUAUUGUUCUCAUCUUCAUUAUAGUUAUUAUCCUGUUUAUUCAAAUAUUAUAAAAUUUGAUUUAACAAGUCUGCCAAAACCAACAAUGCUGGCAAUAUACCUGGUUUGCUUCUAUUCAUUCGAUCUUACGUGGCUAACGAAACAAGAAGCAGUAUCAGACAUAACUGAUAAUUAUGGCUUUAAUGGUCAAUCAAAAUACAAAUCAUCAUAUGGAGGUAUUGCUAAACAAUUAAUAUUGGACAUUGAUAAUCACGAUGAAGAAUCAUAA